AUGUGUGCCCGUACUCGUUGUUGGAUGGAUUUUGGGUAUCCAGGAUUUGGCCCGCAAAGAGUAUUUUUCUGGAUUGAUUCUACUAUAUUUUUCUUUUAUUCAUUUUUUCAAUUUGCAUUUUCUGGACUUUUAUUGAAUACAAUUAUCCGCCGUGAAAUAUUAAUUGCUGGAUUACAUGAAAUGUAUGCUAGAGAAUUUGCUGUUUAUUGUUUAGGGAUUGCUAUAUGCUCUCUAGCUGCUCCAAUUCAAUUUGCCUUAACUCAACAAAAACAAUAUGCUGAACAACGAAUUACGACCCAAUUCUUCAUAUUUAUUCUGAAUAUUUAUACUCAUUUUGGUCUCAACAUUUAUACACCAAUACACAUAAUAACUUUAAUUAUUUCCUUCUUUCAUUGUGCACUUCUUUUUAUGAUUUGGCAACGAUGUUGUGGAGAAGAAGCAUUAGAAAUAAAAGAAAAUAAAGGAGGAAAUAAAGAAAUAAUAAAUAAUAUAACUAAUAAUAAUACAGCUGCAACUGUAACUUUACGUUCGGCAAAGAAUUUUAAAUGAA